CAAGAGAUGACCAGAGACUACGGACACAGCACAGGAGAUGAACAAAGACUGCAGACACAGUACAAGAGAUGACCAGAGACUGCGGACAUAGUACAAGAGAUGACCAGAGACUGCGGACAUAGUACAGGAGAUGACCAGAGACUGCGGACAUAGUACAAGAGAUGACCAGAGACUGCGGACAUAGUACAAGAGAUGACCAGAGACUGCAGACAUACAAUGGCGGCAGGAAUACUGGGCCAGCCACUCCAUAAGACGCACAGACAUUUCCCCACAAGUAGAGAAAGAGGAGGGGGGGGUAGAGAGAGAGGAGGGGGGGGGAGAGAGAGAGGGGGGAGAGAGAGGAGGGGGGAGGAGAGAGAGAGGAGGGGGAAUGAGAGAGAGAGGAUGAGGGAGGGGGGAGAGAGAGGGGGAGAGAGAGGGGGAGGAGAAAGGGGAGUGGGGAGAUAGAGGAGAGGGGAGAGAGAGAGGAGGGGGAGAGAGAGUGGGGGAGAGGAGGGGGGGGAAGAGAGGAGGGGGAGGGAGAGAGGAGAGAGGGGGAAAGAGA